GUAUCGGUUCUGUCUCUCUCUACCUCAAAUUUUUAUUUGCAUCCUUUCGAUCUCUAUUAUCUCUCUCUCUCUCUCUCUACAACCAAACCAGAUCCGAGUUUCCGAGAUUUCAAGCUACCUAACAACAAAGUCCUUUACUUUUGCUCUCAAAGCUUUCAUCUUUCAUUCAACUACUUAAGCUCCAGUAUGGCAGGAACAGCACCAGAAGGUACACAGUUUGAUACGCGUCAGUUUGACCAGAGGCUUAAUGAAGUCCUCGAUGGACAGGAUGAGUUCUUCACCUCAUAUGAUGAGGUCCAUGAGAGCUUUGAUGCCAUGGGUUUGCAAGAGAAUCUUCUUAGGGGUAUCUAUGCUUACGGUUUUGAAAAGCCUUCUGCUAUUCAGCAAAGAGGAAUUGUACCCUUUUGCAAGGGUCUUGAUGUGAUCCAGCAGGCACAGUCUGGUACUGGAAAGACCGCCACUUUCUGCUCUGGCGUCUUGCAGCAGCUUGACUAUUCCCUUGUUCAGUGCCAGGCUCUCGUUUUGGCUCCAACCCGAGAGCUUGCUCAGCAGAUUGAGAAGGUCAUGCGUGCCCUCGGUGACUACAUUGGCGUCAAGGUUCAUGCCUGUGUUGGUGGAACCAGCGUCCGUGAGGAUCAGCGCAUUCUCCAGGCUGGUGUUCAUGUCGUCGUUGGAACUCCUGGUCGUGUGUUUGACAUGCUUCGAAGACAAUCUCUUCGCGCUGACUCCAUCAAGAUGUUUGUCCUUGAUGAAGCUGAUGAGAUGCUCUCCCGUGGUUUCAAGGAUCAGAUCUAUGACAUAUUCCAGCUUCUCCCAUCUAAGAUUCAGGUUGGAGUAUUCUCAGCAACGAUGCCACCAGAAGCUCUUGAGAUCACAAGAAAGUUCAUGAGCAAACCAGUGAGAAUCUUGGUGAAACGUGAUGAGCUCACACUUGAAGGUAUCAAGCAGUUCUACGUGAACGUGGAGAAGGAAGAGUGGAAGCUCGAGACUCUCUGCGAUCUCUAUGAGACUCUAGCCAUCACGCAGAGUGUCAUCUUUGUCAACACUCGUCGCAAGGUCGACUGGCUAACAGACAAAAUGAGAAGCCGUGACCACACAGUCUCAGCAACUCAUGGAGACAUGGACCAAAACACAAGAGACAUCAUCAUGAGAGAAUUCAGGUCUGGUUCUUCUCGUGUUCUCAUCACAACCGAUCUCUUGGCUCGUGGUAUUGAUGUGCAGCAAGUCUCUCUGGUCAUCAAUUUUGACCUCCCAACUCAGCCGGAGAACUACCUUCACCGUAUCGGAAGAAGUGGAAGGUUCGGGAGAAAGGGUGUGGCCAUUAACUUCGUGACUCGUGAUGAUGAAAGAAUGCUGUUCGAUAUUCAGAAGUUCUACAAUGUGGUCGUUGAGGAGUUGCCAUCAAACGUGGCCGAUUUGCUGUGAAGAAGAAGAAGAAGAAGAAAGGUUACUUGUUUUUCAAGCUUCUUAUUUGAGUUUUGACCCGUUCCUCUCUGUCUUUCUCUCUCUGAAAGUCUGAAUCCAUCCAUACAUCUUUUUUUUCAUUCUCUAGUAUUCAUCAACUUUGUGAAACAUAUGUCUCUUCUGACCAUUUUUCGUUUAAAUCACAUGCAAUAUUUAUUUCUU